UGUUAACAAUGGAUCUUUAGGCUAGAGUGAGCAAAAGUAUCUUUGCUGCAUUAGGAGAGUGUAGAGUCCACUGAAGCAAUUCUGGUGCAUUUGCAAUCGUGCUUUCCCUGUCAUGCACAAAUGUCUCCAAGGGAUGUGAUGAGCUCUAAGAAAUGGGCUGAUGUGUAAACGAUACAAUGAAGAGCAGGACAGUGGUGGAAUCUGUACCUAAUAAUGUGAUCCAUGACUGGAGUUCAUGCAAACAAUUGACAGAUGUGACCUUGGUCUCGAGUGAGGGAGAUGUUUUUGGUGCCAAUGCUGCUCUCUUGGCAGCUCACAGUGACUACUUCAAGAAGGAACUUGGGAAGCAUGGCAAGGAAGAUGUUAUCCUCUGCUUCCCUUUCAUUCCCUCUGAUGCAUUGGCAGGAGUCCUUCACUUCAUGUAUUAUGGCUGGUUAGAAACCACUAUUGAGGUUUUUUUCCAUGUAUUUGAAGCUGCUGAAUCCCUUCAGCUACGACACUUUCCAACUCUGAACAAUGAAUCUGAACAUCCAACCCAUGCUGAUGAUCUUCCAAUUGCAUCUCAGAAUAUUCCUGAAGUGGAAAGACAUGGCUCAACAGAUCAGCAUUCUCUGAUGCACACAACUUCAACAUCAGUCUCUCAUGAUGGAAUUAUUGCUUCCUCAUCUACUGUCAACCAUAUUGUUCCCAAGAGUACAACCUCCUUACUGCAGAGUAGUCCUCGAAAGAUUGCCAGAUCUUGGACCCAGUGUCCACAGUGUGGUCUGCUGCUUUCCCAUGCAAAGGCAUUGAGAGAGCAUCUUGUGUCAGUCCAUCCAGGUGCAGGAGUUGUGACAUGUCCCACUUGUUCAGAAGAGUUUACUGGGAACUUCCUUCUUAGACUCCAUUUGCAGUCCACUCACAAUCAAGAAUUGUGUGGAGAGUGCUCUGAGGUGUUUCAGCUGGACCAGAACUGUGGAUCAGAAGAAAUGUCCUGACUGUCAUAAGAGCAUUGCAUCUGAAAGGCGUUUCAUUGAACACAGGGUUUCAUAUUGCUCCUCAUCGAUGACUCAAUGCUCCCAGUGUCUGCAAACUUUUGGGAGUAGCUUUUAUGCGUUUAGACACAUGGAGGAACAUCAUGGUUUCACACCAAUAUUUUUCUGGCUCUGUCCCUUUUGCUCAACGAGAUUGCCUCUAGAUGGUUCAUCAGCAAAAAACCAUGUGAAGCAGGUUCACAGGGAGGAGUUGGUAGACUUCUGCAACUUUUGUGAAAGUGCCCUGUCUUCACAUUAUGAUGUCCAGCUGCACCAUCAAUGCAAGAAAAACAAGGUUUAUGAGUGUCCCUAUUGUCCAACGAUCCUCACUACCCCUCGGAAUAGAAGGGACCAUGUCUUCACUGCUCAUUACUUGAAUCUGCUUAUUGUUAAAUUGAAAGUAAUGAGUGGGGAAGGCAUAAAUACUUGGAUUUGUCCAGUUUGUAGCAAAAGCGUUUCACCUACCGAUCAGGAGAAUCCAGGAUUGGGUAAGGACUAUCUGCUGUCUCACAUACGAAAGGAACACUUCUCUGCUGAAUACUCACCCUUGACCAUCCGCCUUGCUAAGUCAAUUCGUGGAAAGUGGAAGAAUUCUUGUAAGAGGAAUUCUGAACAAGAACAGAUUAAAGCAACUGUGAACAAAAAAGUCAAUUCUGUGUUCCAUAAACAGACUCUGAAGAUUGCCUUUCAUCAAAAGAAGACUUCAAUAAAGAACAAGAGAGGCCAUACCAGAGCAGGAACAGGCAACAUCAUGAAUGGGGUUUGGAAGAAAAAUGCAUUAAAAAAUCAUGGCAAGAUGAAGAGGAGAAAGUCAGUUGUCCGCUUCAAUGCAUUAGAGCAUAAUCAGAAACUUGGUGAAAACCGUACUGAAGAGGAAGCAGUGUGAAGUGCAAUCACCAGAGCAAUAAAGAAGCAGUUGAUGCAGAGUGCCAUGUUAUUUCUCUAGAUGAUAUGUUAAUCAUUGUUAUCAGUGGUCAUUGCUAGAUGUUAUAGUGGAUCAACGCUAGCUGUUAAAUCAUUUCUUCAGUUUCAAUGGUGAUAUCUAUACAAUGAGAAAACAUGGUCGUUCUUUGCCAAAGAAAUACCGAAGGCUGUAAUUACAGUCCUUCAGGAAUGAUCUCUGCAAUAUUGAGUAUCUUUGUGCUUUAUAUGUCUGUGCGUGCGUUUUUAUAUGCAAAUUUUGCACUGAUCCUGGAUGAGUGCAUUGAAAAUAAAGCAUUUUGGUUGGUCAUGAAAGCAGCUCUGAAUGUUUUUUAGCAGAAGCUUCUUGAAUCACAUGA